CUCACUCACUGAGCGCUUCUAUAAGCUGCAACUUCAAGUUUGUUAAUUAUAGCACGCCGUCACUUUCUAGAUACUUUUCCUUCUUUUGUUUUGGAAACUGGUCAAAGUGGUCAGUUUCUCUGCUGCUUCUUCUUUGAGCUUUGGAGACUCUGGCAAUGGUAUGCAAGCUUUUCUUAGCAAUAUAGAGAAAGAUGAAAAUGGGUAGCAGCUAUGUGAAACAGUGAAGCCAUAGGUUUUACUUUAUAGUUCAUCGAUCGUUCUUCUCUUUUAGUAACUGCAAUUUGGAGAAGCCGAAUGUCUACCUUUAUGCGCAGUAGUAGCCAAAACAGAAAGGCCAUAGCAGCAAAGCUGCAUAUAGAGGAAAUAAGGAAACACAAAUUCUCAAUCGGUGAAAGGUGUCCAAACCCUUUAACCGAAGAUCUACAAAAUGCAGUAGCCAACCUCUCCUCUGAGCUCUAUACCAAAGAUGUCCAUUUCCUUAUGGAGCUCAUUCAGAACGCAGAAGACAACGAGUAUUCAGCAGGUGUGAAGCCGACUCUGGAGUUUGUACUGACAACCGCUGAUAUAACAGGAAUUGGUGCACCAUCUACUCUUUUGGUGUUUAACAAUGAAGUUGGGUUCUCUAAACGAAACAUCGACUCACUUUGUGGCAUUGGAAGAUCCACCAAGAAGGGUCAGAGGCACCAAGGCUUUAUAGGCGAAAAAGGAAUUGGAUUCAAAAGCGUGUUUCUUGUCAGUGCACUACCGCACGUAUUUAGCAAUGGGUACCAAAUUAGAUUCAGUGAAAUACCCAAUCCAGAUUGUGCCAUUGGGUACAUUGUUCCAGAGUGGGUUUCCACAAAACCAAGUUAUUCAGACAUACAGGCCAUUUAUGGGUCUGGCAAGACUCUGCCAAACACUGUGAUUAUUCUCCCUUUAAAGCCAGAGAAAGUGGAAGCUGUGAAGAAACAACUAUCAGAAAUUCAUCCUGAAGUAUUGCUCUUUUUGAACAAGAUCAAGCGAUUGUCCAUACAAGAAAGCAGUGGUGAAAUUUGCAUUGCAGACUCUAUUUCUGCAGUUUCUAUCUCUACUGAGACUAAUCUUGUCUCAUUAAAGACUCUGGUAGCAGACUGCCGUGUAGUCUAUCUUUCAGUUCAGGAGGAAGCAGACAUGACUGAGACCAUGUGCCCUUAUUAUGUAUGGAGACAAGUUUUCCCUGUAAAACCAAAUAACAUGGUGGAUGCAAGGAAGGAUGUAAAAGAAUGGGUGAUAUCUCUGGCUUUUCCAUCUGGUGAGCGACUGAAGCGAGGGACUUCUUCCGCUGGUGUAUUUGCCUUCCUACCUACUGCAAUGGUGACUAAUUUCCCAUUUAUAAUACAGGCAGACUUCAUACUUUCAUCUUCUAGAGAAACCAUUCUCUUGGACAACAAGUGGAACUCUGGAAUCUUGGACAAUGUGCCUCACUCCUUUUGUAGUGCUUUUACUACUUUUAUGAAGUCCACUUUGACUGAACAACACUUUUCUGUUGGUCAAGUACUUCAUUUCUUGCCUUGCCGAGAGUGUCCAUGCAAAGAAAUUAACACAGUGAGGCAAUCCAUCUCGAUAUUGUUGCAGGAAGAGUGUAUUGUUCCUUAUGAGACAUUUGUUGAUGACAAGAUAUACUUUUGUGAGCCGGCUUCCGUGAUAAGAGUCCUGCCUGAGUUCAGGAAAAUCCUGGUUAGCAUUAAAGAACACAGUGUCCUCUCUCGUGGCAUUUCUGCUCAGGUGAAGUUUGUGAUGCAUAAUUCUGUGGACUGCAACGAAUAUGAUGAUGCCUUUGAAUUUCUCAGAGUUCCUUCUGCAGGUACUUGUAAUGACUGGUAUGGGAAAUGCAUUCAAGCAUGCAACCUCACUUGUAGAGCUUCUACAAAAGAGUAUGUGGAUCUUCUUUGCUUUCUUGCUGAAAACUGGAAAAAUUUGCCAUUAAGGAGUGUCAAUAGUAUACCCCUUUUCAAACACAUUACUUGGAAUGGAGAAAUAAAGUCAUGUAGUUUACAAGCAAUCAAACAAGAACGUCUGAAGAUCCAUAUUGUCUGGGACUCACAAGAACAUGCCUGGCUAAAUAAAUGGAACCAAGUGAUGGGUUGCCCAGAUGACAUUUUUUUCUUCCCUGAUACCUUGGUGGCUGCUCUGGUAGGCUGUAGGAUGGAAUACAGCCUGAAGCAAUGGUUGAUACGAAAGGUAGGUGUGGUAGUCACUACUGUUUAUAAAUAUUGUUCAGAGCUUAAAUUUUGUCUCCAGACAAAGAAAGACCCAAGACUUGCAGUUUUGUUUUCUCAUUUCGUAUAUCAUACAUGGUUGAAAAAAUACAUUCGAGAAAGAGAAAUUUCUAAAAUUUUGCAUUCAAUGACAGUUAUUGAUGAACGUGGAAAUGUAAUUUUGUGCAAGAAGACUCUUGUUCCGGCUUCUGGUAGCAAAUGGAUAAAACUGUUUAAAUCUAAUCCAUUUACAGAGGAUAAUGGCAAGUACGUUGAACUAGGGGUGGUAUAUGCUGAAGCUGCUGAAUUUGCUGGAGAAUGCACUACGGCAAAUGAACUAUUGCAAUUUUUCAAAAAGCAUGGAAAAACUUCUGAUUUGCCAAACAUAAUACCUCAGGACAUGGCGUUGCAAGUUGCUUCUAGUCAACUAAUAUGUGAGGAGGCAUUAUUGCUUCUGGACUGGCUCCGGAAUCAGAGAGCAAAUAAUUAUGAAUUUCCUGUAAGGUUCAUUGAAAGCAUACGGAAUGGGAAAUGGAUUAAAACAUAUUCAGGCUUUAAUUCUCCAACUCAGUGCUUUCUUUGUGAUGGAACUGAGAUAUCAACUCUCUUGGAGAUAGGGAGGACUCUACAGGUUUUAUCGGCUAUUGAUGAAGGGUAUUAUAUGGACAGGAUAAGAUCAUUCAAAGAUGAAUUGAUUUUCAUUGGCUUGCGGACUGGUUCUGAAGAUAUGUAUCAGCUUAUCAGCGAUCACAUUAAGUGUCUUGCUUCCUCAGCAAUGAGCAAAACAAUUGCAAUUUUGCUGCUUAGCUUUAUAAAGUACUCAAAUGACCAAAAUAAGCUUGAUGAAGACUUGUUAAAAACUGUAAAAUCAGGGAAAUGGUUGAAGACAAACAGGGGGUAUUUGACUCCUCCAGGAACUGUCUAUCUGAUACCCAAUAUGGUAGAUGGUAUUGUACAAAUUACAGAUCUACAUGUUGUUGACAGAAGAUACUAUCAAAACCAGCUUGAUUGUUAUAAGGAGGAGCUAAAGUUGCUAGGCAUUCUCAUUGAUCUUGAAGAUGUUUACAAACUAAUACCAGAGCAUGUUCAAUUUCCAAAAGAUCUUUCAACUUUAACAAAAAAUAGUGCUUUUCUGUUACUUGGAUGCAUUCAGCAUUUGGGGCUUGCUGGUAAUGGUCUUGUGCAGAAGAUUAAAGAAAAACCCUGGAUGAAAACUAAUUCUGGUUUCAAAUGCCCUUCAGAGUCCCUUCUGCCUGGUCUUAAUUGGGACCACUUAUUAAAUAUUGUUCCUUUGCCUGUUGUUGAUAAAGAAUAUUACGGAAGCAGAAUUGGCUCGUACAGGGCUGAACUUGAGGCAAUUGGUGUGGUAGUAGAUCUUGAUGGGGCAUACAAAAUGCUUUCCUUUACACUCAAGUCAACAUUGUCUUCAUGCGGUUUAUCCAGCGCCAAUGUGUUCUCCUUACUCAAUUGCAUCAGGUGCAUGAAUAAAACAAUGCAGUCACAAUCACUCAAUAUAAUUAGCUGCUUGUCAGGGGAGAAGUGGUUGAAGACUUGUCAAGGCUAUAAAUCUGCCCCAGAAUCUAUUUUGUUAGAUCAGAAAUGGGGAACAGUCUCCAAGAUUGUGGACCUUCCUUUCAUUGAUGAGGCAUUCUACGGUCUCAGCAUCCAUUCAUAUAAAUGUGAAUUGAAUAUGCUCGGCGUUGUGAUUAAUUUUAGUGAAGGGGCUCAUUUUGUUGCAAGAGGUCUCAAGUUGCCAAGAGAACUAGCAUCUUUAGCGCCAGAGGGUGCGCUCUCACUGCUUCAAUGUGCCACAUUGCUCAAAAAUAGCUGCAAGUCUUCCGACCACUCUACAUUUAAGAUUUUGCUCAACAAAUUAACAGGAAGCAAAUGGCUAAAAACACACAUGGGCUACAGGUCUCCACAAGAAAGUAUCCUGUUAAAUCCAGAUUGGGAAUGUUAUUUAACGCCAACAGAUGGGCCUUUCAUGGAUGAGAAGUUCUAUGUAACUCUUAGUUCUCUGGAAAAAGAAGGUCUAAAAGCCAUAGGGGUGAAGGUGGAUGUUGAAGAAGCUUGCCAUCUGAUUUCCCAAGCUCUUACGUCUCACAUUCAAACUUCUGCUGUCAUGAGAAUCUACAGAUUCCUAUACAAAUUUAAUUGGAAUCCACAGACACAGGACAGAAGCUCCUCUCAGUUAUGGAUCCCAGAUCAACAACUGGGUAAAGGAAAAUGGGUGAAAAAUUGGCAGUGUGUAAUCCAUGACCAGGAUAAUCUAUGUAAUGCUCGUCUGCAUGCUCUUGAUAAAUACUAUGAGAAGGAAUUGCUACCUUUUCUGUCAAAGGCUUUUGGGGUUCCGGAAGUUCCUUCGUCAUUUAAUUAUAUGGAUAUCUGGAAUGACUGGAAGGUUACACAACAAGUGUGUACCACUAAGCUAAGCUCCGUCCUGGGGAAAAUAUCAGAAAAUUGGGAGAACUGGGGUUCAUACUCUAGAAGUGAUCUCAAAAGACAGUGCACCAUGCUACCUGCAGCCAAUACUUCAGGAGUAAUUCAAUUUGUGAUGAAAGAAGAAGUUUUUAUUGCUGACGAUUUGCAGUUGAAACAGUCAUUUACUGAAGCUAGUGAAAAGCCACUAUUUGUAUGGUUCCCACCAAGGUGUUCAACAUCCCCGGCUAAAUUGUUAGAGAUUUACACAAGUCUUGGUGUUCGAAAAAUAUCUGAAGCUGUGCAGUUUGACCUACAUUGUACUGUGUCUGCAAGUGAAAAAAUUGAUAAGACAGAUUCCCUGAUUGGGAAAGCUUUGAUCAAAUUGGUGUUGGCCUUUGCAGAUAUGCCAAUGGAAGAAAAACACAAGAUUGCAAAAUCUCUCCUUGAACUCUAUUUAUGGCACUGAAUACCCAAUAUCUGU